UGCGCAAGUCCCCAGAAACUCCGCGAAUCCCCUCGGGAUAGUAAACGGCUUAUACAAAGGCAACGUCUUCCGGGGUCCUUUACAUGACCCCCGUUACAGACUGGGACCAGGACCUGCACUCACCCUCUCCACAGACACAUUGGUCUGGGUCCCCGGCUGGGCUAUCACUAUGGAAACGGCGUCUCGCGGAUACAGCGGCGGCUUGCGAAGAUUCCAUUGUUAAGAGAAACCGGAAAGUGGUGACCGCAUCGGCGUUGCCUGGAGAACGCCUGGACUCACAGUAGCAAAAUGGGCCUCUCCCUGGCUCCCCUCCUCCUCCCCGAGCACAAGGCAAGGGGCACCCCUUGCUGUGAGUGUCGGGGGCCCACUCAGAACUUUGCGGAGUCUCCUGAGGAACCCGUGGCGGGACCGGCCCAGGGUUCGUCAAAUUCUGCCGAUGCUUUCAGGAGGCUGAUUUAAAAAAGGACAAGAUUGGAAUGGGAAAUGAGAGGCUCUUAAAAGUGGACACUUUUUUGUUUGUCCAUUUACAAGAAAUUGGACAAUGAAUCAUUUCAGGAAGAUGGAGGUCAUCAACCUCACCGCCCUCCCUAUGAUACCAGUGGAUGAGCACCUGGCUGUCUCCCUUGUCUCACGGAAUGCAAUGGUGAAGACUGUGAGAAAGGAGUUAGAGGACAAUCCACCCUCCUGUCUCAUUGGCUCCAUGCACCAGGUGAACCAAAAGAUUGCUGACAUAAAUCUGCAUACCGAGCUUCCAGCCAACAGCCUGGCAAUUGAGAGAUUUGAGUUGGAGAAGAAGGCUUUAAGAGAGAAAAGUCACAGCAGCCCAGGAGAAAAAGUAAAGAGACAACGAAAAUCUCAGUAUUCCUGCAAGGGCUCAGAACUCAGACGUGCCAGAUCUUUUGUUAUAAAAAGGAAAACAGCAGAUAAAAAUCUGCUGGCGGAGCUGUACCAGUAUUCCAACUUUAACAGCUCCAAGCCAAGCAAGCUUCCCAAUGGAGUGGACUUCUGUGACAUGGUGGGCAAUGUGAUCCGGUCUGAGAGAAACCACGUUAGUGGCAAGUGUUUCUGUUCGGGUAGAGAAUUAGAGAAGUUUCUCUCUUCUCCUUCCGUAAGAGCCAUCUGGCUGGAUAGCUUUUGGUGGAUAUUUCAUGAGAGGUACCAGCCAAACAAGGAGCUCCAGAAUAAUCUGUUCGACCGGAUAGCCCAGCACUAUGCCUUACUUUUGUUUCAUGUACCCAAGUCCCACUAUGAAGAGGCACUCAUAAAAAGGCUGCCUUCACUUCUGAGCAAAGCCGUGUACACCAGCUUCUGUUGCUGUUUCCCACAGUCCUGGUUCAACACGCACGAAUUCAAGUCUGACAUCUGUAACACAAUGAGCCUGUGGAUUUCAGGCACCUAUCCUUGCCCACAGAGCUAUGACAGCUGGGACUACUCAGAACUAGACCCAGAGCGAUUCCGCAGAGAAGAGUUAAUGUCACAGAGAAGACUGAGAAAGGGAAGAGAGUUUUCUUUGUUUACUGGUAAGAGAGCCUUCUUCCAGAAGCCAGCCCAGAGCAGGAAAUUCUACCCCCCUCAGUCUUUUAGUGCAAAUUCACCCAGUGAAAAAUCCUCUUCAGCCAAGCAGAACUCAGAAAAAAGUUCACAAAUACAGGACACUGCAAAAGAGCAUCAUUUUCAGACCCUGGUCUUGAAGAAACCCACAGAAGAAGCCAAGAGAAUAUCAGAAGCAAGAGAAUGUGAGAAUAUGUUUCCUAAAAAGUCUUGUGAUGCUGGCAGAAGUCCUGAGAUGACCUCAAACCUCUUCAACAUUUAUGGGAGGAGCCCUCUGAUUGUGUAUUUUCUCCAUAACUAUGCCAGUCUGCAGCAGCACGGCAAGGAUGUAUUGAUAGUCAGAAGGGAAAAGACCACAGGCACCCCCGAGUCCACCCUGACGUAUACUGAUGUCAUCAAAGAGACCCUGUGCAGCAUGAAGAAGCGGAAAGACAACCUCAAUCAGUUGUACCAGCUUCACUGGAGUGAAUGGAAUUAUUUUGACAAGUACCUAAAGGAACUGCAAGACAACUUCUCCAGGGAAAUGAAGAAUAUUGAUCAAAAAGCAGCAGAUAAAAAAAAGGCAAACCACAUGUUCAUCCCACCUUCUGCCUUCAGUGAGGAAUCACCUGACAAGAAAACUAAGGGAAGUUUCCAAAGAGAAAUUGAGUUUAAGGAGGGGAAAGGAGGAGAGGGAAAGAGAAGAGAAACAGAAGUUGAACAUUUCUCUCUACUCGCUUCCAAGCCCCAAGGAACGCCACAACCUGGAACUAGGUUCCAGAACUACAGAAUCCAGUUCCUAGAACCACAGAAUCCAUGAUCUUUCUGCUACCAAAUGGAGCAGAACAACAAGAAAAAAAGAAAAUUGUGGCCAAAGAUUCAGAAAUAGGAAUCACAAUUUCACAAUAAGAGAA